AAGAAUGGAUAUCAUCCAUUAUUUCUUUCAUUUCAAAAAUUCGGAAAGCAAAAAAAGAAAAAAGCGUCAAAUCUCAACGGUGAUAAGUAUCUACUCAAAAUCCACACAAAUUGCGCAUACACAUGCAAUACAUCUUCACUUAACGAAUUACACCUUUUCUAUUCUAUUCAAUCAAGUAUCAAAAAAGUCCCUCUUUCUAAGUAGUAAAAUACCCAGACUAUUGAAGUCUUCAAUAUAUUACCCAUCAUUGGAACCUGCGAAUAACUAUACAUAUAUAUACACAUACAUAUAUAGUAUACCUACUCAGAGAAGCACCUCAGCGCAGAGCUCAACUCUACUUAACAUCCAGCUCGUCCGCUGGAAGAUAAAAACAUCGUGCUUGGAUACUCACACAUAAUAUCUUCAACCAUUGGCCGUGUGUGGUACUAUACGCGGUCUGUUGCAAUGGGUUCUUUGAAAUAAUAUUACCUCAAGUAAUUCAUAUUGUCUCGUCGACUAUGACUUUGGAGUCUGGUUCACCUGUAGUUACGACCGGUUCUCAUCCUAGAAGACCUCCCGCCCAUCUCUCCGUAUCCUUGAAGCACGAUGUACCUUGUGUUGAAGACGAAAAGCCAGCUCCAUGUGCUGAUCUAACGAAGUUGGACACCGCAGACCAAGAUGGUACUUCCACCACGCCUCUGAGGAAACAAACAUCAGACGAUUCAGAGGAUACUGUUGGUACGAAUGUGAAUGAAUGGUUUGAUCGCUCGAACACACGUCCUGCCAUUGCCAUCAACCGAGAGGAGUCCGGAGAAAGCAGUAAGUGAUUAAUUAAGAACCUUGACAAGUUCUUGUGAAUUGAUAAAUAUCCAGGUGACCCGCCAUACUUCCUUCAGCAAAGCUCCAACGAUGACACCGAUUCCAGCAAAGAGUUGCCUCCUCGAUCUAAACGAUACACUCUACAUCCAUCAAACUCCAUAUCCAGAUCUCGAGAUGGAAGUGCAUCGGAAGAAUAUCGUAGCAUCAUCGACGAUUUGACGAUUGAGAACAAAAAGUUAAAGGAGAGAUUAAAUAGAUAUGGACGCUCAUCCAUCGCCCACUUGGAGAAUGAAAAGCUCUUCGAGGUCAAGAUACAUUCCCUAUCGGCACGCAAACGAAGGGAGCUAGAAGAACUUCUUCGCUCGUUUUCGACUAGUUUUGAUAGUUCGUCAGAGGAUCUCAGCAUAAAGGCUCCAGCGAAUCGGCAGUCAAAACCUUACAAUUUUUCUGGUAAAACCUCCAAGCAUAAAUCUAUUUCAUCAUGGUCUAAUUCUCGACCGACUGAUUCCGCAUAUGCCUCCAUGUCAAGAUCUGGACCCUCUUACAGCUCAGCCGGGGAAGGACAUCCAACAGCUCCAUCGCGGGACGCGGCAGAUAAAAAAAUGCGAGACUUUUUACAAGACAUUCCUCAGGGGUUACUACCGAGAACCUCUCUAGAAAUGUCGGAGAAUCAGCGGAGGAGGAUGGUUGUUCAACGUCUGGAACAACUAUUUACAGGAAAGAAAGGGUCGCUCAUCGGUGUUCACAGCCAUUCUCUGCAACAGCAAGAAGUUUCCAGGUCUGCUGCGCGGGCGGACCAAGUCUCGCAAAGCAAAUUUGAGCCUAAAGAAGGUGUACGCGAAGCUCACAUUGGUCCACAUAAUAUGGAACUAGAUAGGCAAGGAUUGGUAAGUACCCAAAAGAAUUCGAAGACUAGCCAAUCGCCAACAGAACAGUCAACCUCUCCCCAAAAGUCUCGCGGAUCGUCUUCACCAGAACAGAGGCCAACCAGACCCUUGGAUUUGGACCCAGACCGUGACCAAGUCGGUUCUGAUAACUUCGAGUACAUUCGCCACCUUGGAAUUUCGGCUCCCCAAUUAUUAACCGAAGAAUCACAAGAUGCUGCCGUGGAUGCCGAUGGUUGGGUUUAUUUAAAUCUUCUUAUCAACAUGGCGCAACUGCACAUAAUCAAUGUUACACCUGACUUUAUCAGAUCUGCCGUCACGGAACUAAGCAAAAAGCUUCAAGUAUCUCCAGAUGGCAAGAAACUGCGGUGGAGGGGUGGCACGGAAGGAACACAUUUAAGUAGUGACAGUGGUGGCAGUAGCGUACAUCAACGAUCUCCACUCGAUAGUGAUGGCAGUGAUGAGGCUUCCCGCAAAAGGCGCAAGGUUCACGCGAACAAAUUCACUCUUGCCGGAAAAGCGCCCUCAAAAACUUUAAACGACAAUACGAAGAGUUCCAUCACGACAGGUGCAUUCCACUAUGAGCCAAUGUUUGUUCAUUACCCUCAGCGUACCUCCGUGGCAUCUGGCGAUGAAAGCAUCCUAUCACAAAACCAUUACAAUCUUCCUGGAUUUGCUUCCCCAUACCAAAUUCUUGGCAAUAAUAGUCCACGCGACGAUGGACCUCUGAUAUUCUACAACGGAAUGAAGUUCUUCACUGAUCUUUCUGGCGACCGCGACGAUCUGGAAACUCCGCUGCACAUUACUGGUGUGGACAAAGAUGGCUACAGCAGCCAUACUAGCGAUGCGGUCGGUUGCUCACAUCCUAAAGGGCAUCUCCUUAAAAAUAGGACUCCGUCUGGGUCGCUUCUACCAUUCAGGCCUUUCAAGGAUUAUUCGAAAGGAGUAGAUUUGUUUCAAACACCGGAGACGAGACCGCAAACUCCAAGUGUACUUUCGGAUGACGUGGACUUCGAGUUCACUACCGAUUUAGCCUGCGGUAGCCUCGGAUCUCCCUCAUCUCCAGUUGACUUUAGUGCCAGUGGCCUUGGCGGCGUACAACCAGCCGAUCACUUGCUUUACAAGGUACAUACACGAUGGACCAUUGAUGAUCAUGUCCCCGUCAAGGUUUCGAAAUUUUCUGCACCACGCUCAACUUCGAGGAGGAUUGUACAUACCAUUCCAAGGUCUUCGUUAGAGUCGUUUCAUAAUCCUGAGCCUCAGGGUAAGGUGGACAGCAUACGCGACAAAUUAAACCGCUUGAGCACUUUUCCCAAUGAGCCCGUAACUCCUUUGCCAUCUCAAUCGCAUGGAAGUUUACCUGUCAAGACGGAAAAUAUCUUGGAAGAAUUAGUAAUGCUUCAACCAUCAACACUACCAGAGCCAUCUUAUUAUAGCAUGUUUUCCGGCACCGAAACUACAGGAGAAUAUUCCGAUUCCUCGUCCUUCUCAGGCAUAGCUCAUCUUCGAGAUGAGCCUUUAGAGAGAGACGAAGAUCUAAUGUCAGAUAAUGAUAUACAGGUAUCUUCAGAUGAUGAUGCUAUGGACGUUGACGACGCGGAAGAAGACGAUGAUGAUGAAAGCAUCGAUAUGUUGGCAUAUGUGCGAGGAAUCGAUCCUACAGGCGUAGCCGCACAGGAAAAGAAAUACGAAUGGGAAGCAAGUGAUAAGUCGGUUCAAUUAGGGAGUGCAGCUUCGAAAUCGGUUAAUCCAGUUAUGUUCUCUGAGGCUUCCGAAGUGGAACUUUGAAAGUCAUUUUUAUCGAUUUGGGUUUAUCUUUUUUAAUAUCUAUUAGCAUGGCAGGCGCACUUGAGUAUGAGUAUGGCAUGUUUUGGUUCGCUUUGGAAAAAUAUCUCUGGAUGGCAUUUGUUGGCUAAAUUUGACUAAGCAAGCGUAUAGUGUUAGUCUCACAGUUACUAGGAGGGGAUUUGUAGUUUGCUUUUACUCUUACUUUUAUUUUAUGUUUAUUUGUUUGUUCGUUUGUUUGUUUGUAUGCAUGCAUGCAUGGAAUUUGGCCGAUAAGGUGCCAUUUGGCGUAAGGCGGAGAUACCAUAUUGAUGUUUAUGUAUGUAUGUAUGUUUGUUUCAGCGAGCAUUGGAAUGAAAUGGAAAGAAUAGUUGAUUUCAAGAUUUAAGAGAUGAAUGAUAUCAUGGGAUCGGAUAUGGAAUGGUUUUGAGAUGAAUUGAAAUUAAAAGAAAAGAAAAGAAAAGAAAUCUUUUUGGUUAAUAAUCGUAUGGUUCACCGGUUGACGAUGUAUGUAUUGUU